AUGGCACACCAGCUCCUCUCGGGCGGCCAGGGGGCCCGGCCACAGCAGGAAUGUGACUACUUGCAAAUGAUGGAGGAGCAGCAGAAGCAGUGUCUGGAAGAGGCCCAGCUGGAGAACGAGACCACAGGCUGUGGCAAGAUGUGGGACAAUCUGACCUGCUGGCCCGCCACCCCUCGGGGUCAGUCGGUGGUUUUGGCCUGCCCCCUUAUCUUCAAACUCUUCUCCCCGAUUCAAGCGCCACUGCGGGCUCGGGCUGUGCCUGUGGUGCUGGGGAUUCGAACCCAGGGCUUCAGCCCUGCUGGGCGAGCCCUCUGCCCCUGGCAGCAACAAACCAUGUUCUACCACUCGGUGAAGACCGGCUACACCAUCGGCUACAGCCUGUCCCUGGCGACCCUCCUGGUGGCCAUGACCAUCCUGACCCUGUUCAGAAAACUGCACUGCACCCGGAAUUACAUCCACAUGCACCUCUUCCUGUCCUUCAUCCUGAGAGCGGCCGCCGUCUUCAUCAAAGAUCUGGCGCUCUUCCACAGCGGGCAGUCGGAUCACUGCUCUGAAGGCUCGGUGGGCUGUAAAGCAGCAGUGGUGUUCUUCCAGUACUGCGUCAUGGCUAACUUCUUCUGGCUGCUGGUGGAAGGUCUCUAUCUGCACACCCUGCUCGCCGUCUCCUUCUUCUCCGAGCGGAAGUACUUCUGGGGUUACAUUGUCAUUGGCUGGGGUGCACCCAGCACCUUUAUCAUGGUCUGGACCAUCAUUCGGAUCCACUAUGAGGACCAUGGGUGCUGGGACACCAUUAACUCCUCCCUCUGGUGGAUCAUCAAAGCCCCCAUCCUCACCUCCAUCCUGGUGAACUUCAUCCUGUUUAUCUGUAUCAUCCGGAUCCUGGUUCAGAAACUGCGUCCACCGGACAUUGGAAAGAACGACAGCAGCCCAUAUUCGUGA